AUGACUACGCCAACUACAACCACAACCACUCCAACAACAACCACGUCUACGCCAACUACAACUACAACCACAACCACGCCAACAACAACCACGACUACGCCAACUACAACCACAACCACUCCAACAACCGCCACAACCACACCAACUACAACCACGACCAUGUCAACAACAACCACGACUACGCCCACAACAACUACGAUUACGCCAACAACAACCACCACUACGCCAACUACAACCACAACCACUCCAACAACCACCACAACCACGCCAACUACAACCACGACCACACCAACUACAACCACGACCACGUCAACAACAACCACCACUACGCCAACAACAACCACGACUACGCCAACAACAACAACCACUACGCCAACAACAACCACGACUACGCCAACUACAACCACGACCACGCCAACUACAACUACGACAACACCAACAACAACCACGACCGCGCCAACAACAACCACGACCACGCCAACUACAACCACCACAACACCAACAACAACCACGACCACGCCAACUACAACUACGACAACACCAACAACAACCACGACCACGCCAACAACAACCACGACCACGCCAACUUCAACCACGACCACGUCAACAACAACCACCACUACGCCCACAACAACUACGACCACGCCAACAACAACCACCACUACGCCAACUACUACCGCAACCACUCCAACAACAACCACCACUACGCCAACAACAACCACGACCACGCCAACAACAACCACAACCACUCCAACAACAACAACCACCCCAACAACGACCACGACCACGCCGACAACAACCACGACCACGCCAACAACAUCUACAACCACGGCAACAACAACCACGACUGCAGAAACGACCACCACUGCUGAUGCAUGUGGCACAUGUCCCACUAAUGCUGAAUGUGUGGAAUCCACCUGCGUGUGUAAUACGGGCUACGUGAUGAACGCCGCCAACAACAAGUGUUUAGAGGACAGAUUGAUUCCGUUUUCAAACAACGAUAGAGCCCAGGCAAACGCUUUGUUCACUGACUACUAUGUGUUGCCAGUUUCUAUUCGUAUUGGAAAUGUGUAUGCCAGCUCUAUCUAUGCGACGACAUCCGGAGCGGUUGUUCUAUCUCGAAUACGGAGCACCAGUGCGGGAAUACGAAAAGGUUUUUCUAACCCGCCAACACCUAGCAACGACUACAGCCUAAACACAGAACAAGAGGCGUGCCUAUUUUCCCCGUACCAUGCAAACCUGGAGACAUCAGGCGCGACUGAUUCUGGUCUCUUCACAAAAUUACACACUGACAGUUCCUCCGUCCAGACAGUGAAGGAAAAGAUACAAAAUUACCUUCCGAAUGAUUUUAGCCCUGCCAUGGCCUUCGUUGCUACUUGGAACAAAAUGAAGAAAACAAGUACUUCGGACCAGCUGACAGUGAUAUUCCAGGCUUUGAUACUGUCUGACUACAAGACAACAUAUACAGUGUUCAUUUACCAAGACGGCCAAAUGAAGUUUGAUGUACCUCUGAGUUCGCCUGCUUUAGUAAACUUCCCGGUUAAGGUCGGUUUUCAGUGUAGUAUGAAUAAUGACAUUUACAGAUAUGACUUUUCUCAGCUUUCAAUUACAAACCAAGGCUCGAAAAACUUGAUUGAAAAGAUAGAUGAAGUUUACCAAAUGUACAACAACUUUGAAGCCGCGCCAGUUACACUAAUAAGCAGACGACAAACAGCCGGACAAACCACAUACGCAAGUGAUUCAAAUGUGCCAUCAUAUGCUAAAAGAGGAACAUUUGUGUUUGCGUUGUAUUCUGCAGCAGACCAUCCUGUGACGACAUGUCAGUCUUGGCUUGGUGCCAAAUCCAAUAUUAGUACAACAUCGUACAAAAAAUGUCCGGGGACCCUUUCCCAGAUGCCACAAAGUACAUUGUAUAAUCCAAAUACGAUAAGAACUACGCAAACAGUUAAUGGCGAAGAAUUCAGCUAUUAUUUUAUCCCAGAACACGGGUCACAAACUAUGGGCAAGGUGUGCGGUUAUUCGCCAGAUGGGACAUUUAUAGAUCCGUCGAACCAUGUUCUACAUAAUGGCAAAAAUCUCUACAGAUUAGAUAAAAAUGAUGCGACCGAACAAACAUCAUACGAAGCAUGCUGCAUACAGGGACCUGAACUAACUUCAACUGAAGUCUGCAGUUUAUAUCUUGCGACACGGCCUUCAUGUACCAGUGAUCUCUUCCAAGCUGGGGCAUCAGGCGGUGGCAACGGUGAUCCCCAUAUACAGACAUUAGACGGGCACAGUUAUACUUUCAAUGGCCAUGGCGAAUACACUCUAGUCCAAAGAAGUGACUCCAAUUUGCAGUUCGAUUUGCAAAUUCGGGCCCAAAGGCUAGAGGUGGAUGGGUCCCCUAGUGACGCUACGGUUAUUACAUCCGUAGCAGCCAAGCAGAAGUCUCCUGUAUCAGAUACCGUGGAGAUAAGACAAAACAGUGCGGGAGACGAUGUCGAUGUUUAUAUAGACGGAACGUUAACAACAUGGAGUACGUCUUACCCAACAGUUCCCACCGAGUAUGUACUGAAAGAAACAACCGACGCAAGCAACAACAAAGUUUAUAGGAUCAUCUUCUUCGCUGGCAUACUUAUUAACAUACAACCAGGAAACAACCUUCUAGGUGUAACACUGGGACUGGGGGCAGAAGGGUGGAACGGACAAGUUAAAGGUCUGAUGGGUAACUUCAACGGAGACAUUACCGAUGAUUUUUUACUUCCCGAUGGUUCCAGUGCCGGUAAUCCAACAACUCUCACAGAGGAACAAGUUUAUAAUCAGUUUGGAAACCAGUGGCGUGUGUCUGAAGCUGAUAGUCUGUUUACAUAUCAAAGCGGAGAAACGUUUGCCUCUAUGAACGACUUGACCUUUACCCCAACCUUUUUCAAUGCAGACUUAAAUGUCAUGUUUCCGAAUUCGACGGAUCUCGCAAAUGCUCUGGAUCUCUGUAACGGUGGCGAGGCAGACUCGAAUCCAUCAGAAAGGAAGGAGUGUUAUUUCGAUUUUGCUGUUACUAAAGAUGCAAGUCUAGCUUCACAAAUAUUAAAUAAAGUGAAAGAAGUUGCAGAUGAACAAAAGGCCUUAGCAAAUUUUCCUCCUGUGAUAACAAAUGGUAACAACCCUGUACAACUGAUUGCCGGUCAGACGUACAACUCCCUAAUAACUUUGGCAGCAGACGAUCAAAAUGGAGAUUCGGUAACAUACUCCGUGGUUACCGGUUCCGCCGCAGGCCUCAGCGUUGACGCAACAAGCGGACUUGUUUCCUUCAAUAACGUUCCAGAUACGACGCCAUUCUCGGUGAUGAUAUCGGCUUCAGAUGGAACAGUACAGACAAUAUGGGAACCAAGGAUUCAGUACUGUGCUUGUCAGAAUUCAGGUGUGUGUGAUUUUAGCCAGACGUCAGGGAACAUUUUCUACACUGUCCCUUGUCAGUGUACAGCCGGUUGGGACGGCGCAUUUUGUGAAAAUGACAUAGAUGGGUGUACUGAUAACCCAUGUUAUCCAGGAGUGGUUUGUACAGAUGUACCAUCAAAUCUUAUAUCAAGUAAGCCGGCAGGAUUUGAGUGUGACGCCUGUCCUAUAGGCUUGAAUGGAACUGGUCAGGAAUGUCAUGAUGUCAAUGAAUGUUUAGACGACCCAAGCAUAUGUAGUCAGUUGUGUUCGAAUGAAGUCGGCGGAUAUAGUUGCUCAUGUACUGACGGUUUUCUUCUUGGUGACGAUUUGUCCUCUUGCAUUGAUGUUGAUGAAUGUGCUCGAGGAAAUGAUGAUUGUGACAGUGUCGCCACGUGCUCAAAUACUAAUGGAGGUUUCACAUGCGCAUGUAUGACGGGGUACUCUGGCACGGGUAAAACUGGCCAGUGCCAAGAUGAUGAUGAAUGCACAGCUAAUCCGUGUCCAGCACACAGUCAGUGUAAUAACAAUCCUGGUUCCUAUGAGUGUAUAUGCGAUACAGGGUAUCGGUAUAACACUAUUACAGACACGUGCGAUAACAUAGAUGAUUGCGCCCUUCAGACUGAAUGUUCGCAGUUAUGUGAAGAUGGCAUAAAUACAUACACAUGCACGUGUCGUAGCGGCUUCACAGCGGCAGCGGGAGGGGUUUGUAAUCCGGACACAACAUGUAAUAGUACACAGGCAGCAACGUGUAAUGGCGGUGACUUUACUGUAGCAACAUGCGCCGUGGCUGAUGGCCAGGUUAUAUGUGCUUGUAAAAGUGGCUACGCCCUUGAUUCCAGCAGUAAUUGUGUCGACGUAGACGAGUGUCAGGCCGGGACGGAUGCUUGUGAAUCAGCCACUUGUACGAACACUGCCGGCAGCUACACGUGCACAUGUAUUGCAGGAUUUCAGUUCAUAACUGGCUCUUCAUAUAUAUGUGAAGAUAUUAAUGAAUGUGCAUCUAGUUCGACCAAUAACUGCGAGUCACCAGCUACAUGUGUUAACAAUCCAGGAAGUUAUAUAUGUUCCUGCCCUAGUGGCUACACCAUUUCUUCAAGCGGAUUUGGAUGUGACAACAUUGAUGAGUGCGCCGAUGCGGCAACAAAUGACUGCGACUCAGAAGAAGGUCAAUGCACGGAUACACCGGGAGGUUACACGUGCACUUGUAUAACUGGUUACACGGGUGAUGGAUUCUUAUGCUCGGAUCUAAAUGAAUGCAAUGAAGCAGACAGAGGGGGGUGCGAGCAAGGAUGUGCAAACUCUAAAGGCAGCUAUACUUGUUUCUGCGGAAAUGGAUAUGUUCUGAAUGCAGAUAAAAAAGCUUGUGACGAUAUAAAUGAAUGUUUGUCAUCUGAAACGAAUGACUGCUACGAUAACUCACACUGCACGAAUGUAGCCGGUGGUUACACAUGUGACUGUCCCGCAGAUUUUACUCUGAAAGCUGAUGGCAGAACGUGUCAAUCUAUUUACAAGUGUGACUCUGGUAACAACUGUGAAUAUGUCUGCAACCGAAUUGACGGCAUAGACACAUGUUCAUGUGCAAAAGGAUUCCAACUGAACUCUGACAACAUAACUUGCAGUGAUAUAAACGAAUGUGAGAGCUCAGGGAGUACAUUAUGUCCAUCAGCGGAUAAUGUUAUAUGCCAGAAUACAAAUGGAAACUAUGAAUGUGUGUGUAAGAGUCAAUUCUACCGCCAGCUUGAACCUAAGAAGUGCGUAGAUAUUGAUGAAUGUCUAAACAACGUAUGUAACAGCAUAGCUAACAGUAAAUGUGUUAAUAGCGACCCUGGAUAUGACUGUCCAUGUUUGACUGGUUUUACACUAAACCAAGGAACAUGCGAAGAUGUGAAUGAAUGCACGAAUGGAGCAGCAGCAUGUCACGCGACUUUUGCCACGUGCACAAAUAAAGAUGGUGGCUACACAUGCGCCUGUAAUGAAGGUUACCAAGGAAACGGUAUUACUUGCACAGAAAUUGACGAAUGUUUACUGGGUACGCACGACUGCGUUGGUACAUGCACUAAUACUGACGGAAGUUUCACUUGCUCAUGUGCUAGUGGUUAUACACUGGCCUCUGACCAGAAAAGCUGUAACGAUAUAAAUGAAUGUACAGCAGGAACAGACGGAUGUGAGGACACGUGUACGAACACUAUCGGGGGCUUUACUUGUUCCUGUCAGGAAGGUUUCACGCUCGCAGCAGAUCAAAAAGCAUGCAUUGCUGAAGUAGAUUGUGAUUCCACUUUCGCAGCCACAUGUGCUCACAGUUGCGCCCGCAUCACCGGAACUGAUACAUGCACAUGCAAUGGCGGAUAUACUUUAAAUACUGAUGGAAAAACAUGUCUUGAUGUAAAUGAAUGUUCAACCCAGUCUCCGUGUGACAGUACUAGGGGUGUGUGUACUAAUACAGUAGGAGGGUAUACAUGCGCUUGUCAGGAUGGCUACACCCUUGGCACGAAUAAUGUCUGUAAUGAUCGUGAUGGUGGACUGUCAUUAUGGGCUCAGUGGUCCGACUGUUCAGUCACGUGCGGCACUGGUGUUAAGACUCGUGCCAGAGACUGCACCAACCCAACGGUACAAGGUAACGGUGCGCCGUGCACAGGGGACCUAACAGAAUCUACAGUUUGUACUCGGGAUGCUUGUGAAGUGUCCACACAAGAACAGGAACAUGGCAUUGAUCUGACAUUCUCUGGAAUUACAGUAACGCAGUUCGAAUCAGCGAAAGCCCAGUUCAGGUCGAGUGUAGCAGCUGCCGUAAAUUCCUACUGUAAUCAGAAUGAGGCCACUGCAAGAUACUGUUGUGGAAAUACCUUAACAUACAGUUCAACAACUUCAAAGUUGUUUAUCACUUCCGACGACGUAAUCAUCAGUGAUGGUUAUCCGACGGUCAAUAACGACGGCAAUGUAAGAAUAGUCUUUGUCAUCAGGUACCAUUCAGAGAAUGAGUUAUGCGCAUCAGGGACAGUGAGCCGUCGGAAAAGAGCUAUUACGCUCACGAGUACGCAAAGCCUGAUGGGACAGACCACACUUUUGCAGUUGAUUAAUGCUCAACAAACCGUGAUAGUCACUACCUUCACGACACAGGUACAGUCGGCCUUAGGAGUGACAUUGAGUAUCACUAUCGAAUCUAUACAAGUGGUCGAUGAUGGUUCAACUCCCGGGACAGAUAACAAAAAGCGUGGUACCCCAGGAUGGGUUAUUGCUGUGGCAACUGUGGGUUCGAUACUUCUGCUAGUCUUGAUUAUCGUUAUCGUCAUCUUGCUUGUAAAAAUGAAUUCAAAGAACAAGAUCGAGGUACUAGGAACGGAACCAGGAGGAAACAACCAAGGCCGCUCUUCAGAAAGGAGAACAACUAAUGUACGUCAAGCAGACGAAACGAGACGACUUCCAGGAGAAGCAGAUCAAGCAGGACAUGCUCGAAGGAGGAGCAGCCCAAGAGGAGGAGAUAUUGUGACUAUGGCUCCAGUGGAUGACCCCAUCUUAUCUCAUGUAUAGGAAAACUAAACUGGAUGUUUGACUUCCGUUGUGUUUGUGUUACAGUAACAUUCGUAUUUCAGAAAAAAUCAGGGCAAAAUAUAUAUUUUAUUUUUGAGAGAGCACUCAAUUUUGAUGGUAGAGAAAAAGCUCGUAAUGGAUUUACAACUUGAGCAGUUUAAGAGAGCGAAUGAAAGCAGCUGUACCGCUUACACAAAUUGCAUACAUCUUUUCCUCUGAGUUUACACACAGUGUAUACAUCUUCUCUUCCGAGUAUACAUUUUUUCCUCCGAGUUUACACACAGUGUAUACAUCUUUUCCUCCGAGUUUACGCACAUUGUAUACAUCUUUUCCUCCGAGUUUAAUUAUAUUAAGUUUCUUUUGGUUUUGCAUGAUAAGCACCUAUGGUAUAUAUAAAACUGCCUUUAGAAAUAUUAAGAAAGGCGACUGGUAUAACCGGUGUUUUUGUUUGUUUCAAGAGAAUAUUAAAUAAUGUCUGUGAUAAAGUUGUAUAAUUAUUAUGUUUUCUUUUGACCUUGCAUUUUAGAUGAUGAAAAAAUUGUUGUUAUAGCUACAUUAUUUCAUGAUAUAUUUACUGUUUUUAUUAAAUCUAGUCCAGGCAUAUAAGUUUUACUUGAUGUUGUGAUUUUAUGACUGUGUUAAUUUCGAUUCAUACUGUAAUAAUUUGGGGUUUUCAGAGUUCUACCAUUGGCAGGCUGUGUAGUACAUACAUGUGUAUUCUCCGGAUGUUGAUUUACUGCAGAUUAAAAUUUAGUCAGUAGGUCAAUUCAAGUGUUUUUGUGUGAAUAUAGCAAUUUUUAGUUGAAAAAAAAGACACACAAUUAAAAAGAGGCGUGCAAGAGCACACCGCCAAUAAGAAUGAAGUGAUCUCGAUGUUUGAAAAAACAAACAUUCAUUUGAUUCCAGCGAACUUGCAGAACAUGACUUUAUGUAAAAAUUGAUCCAACGUUAUCACGUUAAAGUAACCUUCAGCUAGCACUUAAGAUACAUAUAUGUGCGCGGAUUCGACUUCAGCAGGACUGAAUUUUUUUUCUCUAUAAAUGGUAGGGCCCUGAAGAGCCCGUACGCUGUGAUGCUUGUUUAAUUUGUAUAAUUAUACUUUUGUUUAUAAAUGGAUGUAAAUUACGCAAUAUGUUAUGUAGAUAAAUUCUAUUCCAGUU